AUGGAGAGGCUAAAAUUCGGGACUGAGUACUACAAGUCAAAGCCGCGCCUAGCGAAGGGCAAAGACGUAUUCGUCGGCAUGCACGACGAGAACGCCUAUCUGGAAAAGUCCGCCAAGAGGCGGCGGCACAAAGUGGCAGAUCGCAAGAAGAAGAGGGCGGCUUAUGAUAGACGAUCUUGGUCUUCUUCACUUGCUACGAACUAUCCCACACCCUCUUCGUCGGGUAUCCCUUAA